AGGGCACCCAAAAUAGCAUGCAGUAAGCAGUGUCAUACUGUGAGUUUUCAAAACUAAAAGCAGAAGUGACUUAUACUGGCAGGAAGCUGUAACUCCUAAAGCUUUCCAAGGAUCUGUGAAGUAAAAGAGAACUGCUUACUUCUCUGCAUCAGAUGUUUAAUUCAACUUUUACAAUACCCAUUUCUUUAAACCUAGAAGGCCCUGAGGUUACACAGAGAAAGAUAUUCUUUUGAAGCAUUUCAGAGAAUUUGAUCAGCUUGGAAUUUUUCAACUUUGAAACAGCUCAGAGUUCAACCAUUUCCUCAAGAUUAAAAUUGAUUGAAAGAAGGGUCCAGCAUGAAUUGCUCCGCAUUGCUAUCUCCCAUACUGAUGCUGGUUCAUCUUUGGCCUUGCUCUCCAAGCACGCAGACCCACAGCGCUCAAAAUACAGAUCAGUCUUUCACAGCAGUUCGAAGAGUGAAACGUGGCUGGGUAUGGGAGCCACUUUUUGCAACAGAGGAACAGACCUCUAUGGCGCCUGUGUAUGUUGGACAGCUGAAAUCAGAUUUAGACAAGCAGGAUGGCAACCUAAAAUACAUUUUGACUGGCGAGGGAGCUGGAAGCAUUUUUAUCAUUGAUGAAAAUAACGGCAAAAUUUAUGUGACACAAAAGCUGGAUCGAGAAAAGAAAGCCUUCUACACUCUAAGAGCACAAGCAAUUAACAGGAGCACUCAGCUUCCUGUUGAACCUGAAUCAGAAUUUAUUAUCAAGGUUCGAGAUGUCAAUGAUCAUGAACCACAGUUCUUGGAUGGACCUUAUGUGGCCACUGUUCCAGAGAUGUCACCUGAAGGUACUUCGGUUACACAGGUAACAGCUACAGAUGGCGAUGAUCCUUCUUAUGGGAAUAGUGCCCGUCUGCUUUACAGUCUCAUUCAGGGACAGCCUUAUUUCUCUGUGGAGCCAAAGACAGGGGUCAUCAGAAUGGCUUCCCAAAUGGAUAGAGAAACAAAGGAUCAGUAUUUGGUCAUCAUCCAAGCCAAAGAUAUGGUUGGGCAAACAGGGGCGUUUUCAGCAACAGCCACUGUUACCAUCAACCUCUCCGACAUCAAUGACAAUCCACCUAAAUUUCAACAGCGACUCUACUACAUGAGCGUCUCUGAAGAGGCUCCUGUGGGCACAACUGUAGGCAAAGUCUUCGCAGAAGACAGCGACAUAGGGGAGAAUGCAGCCAUGAACUAUUUCAUUGAAGGAGAUAGUUCAGAUGUUUUUGACAUCAUUACUAACAAUGAGACUCAAGAAGGAAUUAUCUUAUUAAAAAAGAGAGUGGAUUAUGAAAGCAAGAGGAGAUACAGUAUUCGAGCAAAAGUUGUGAACAGGUACAUUGAUGACCGUUUUCUGAAAGAAGGACCAUUUGAAGACAAAACCAUCGUCAAAAUCAAUGUGGAAGAUGCUGAUGAACCUCCCGUUUUCACCUUGGAGAACUAUGUGAUGGAGAUUGCUGAAGGGGCUAUGAGUGGCUCACUGGUGGGCAUUGUAACAGCUAGAGAUCCAGACGAUGAUGACUGCCCAGUCAGGUACUCUAUUGUCCACGGCAUGCAUUUAAAGAGAUUGUUCAGCAUCAAUGAACACAAUGGAACAAUCAUUACAACUAAACCUCUGGACCGAGAGAUAGCUUCUUGGCACAACAUAACUGUUACAGCCACAGAAACAAGAAAUGCCGAAAAAAUUUCAGAAGCAAAUGUGUAUAUCCAAGUUCUCGAUGUUAACGAUCAUGCACCAGAAUUCCCUAAAUAUUAUGAAACAUUUGUUUGUGAAAAUGCAGUUUCUGGCCAGCUAAUUCAAAGCAUCAGUGCAGUGGAUCAAGAUGACUCAGCAGAAGGUCACCAUUUUUACUUCUCAUUGGCUCAGGAGGCCACAAACAACUCACGCUUUACUGUCCAAGAUAAUCAAGAUAACACAGCCGGAAUUUUCACAGCAAAAAGUGGCUUCAGGAGGCAAGAGCAGUUUUCUUUCUACUUACCAAUCUUAAUUCUGGAUAAUGGAACGCCACCGCUGACAAGCACAAAUACUCUCACUAUCACUGUCUGCGACUGUGACACCGAAGUUAACGCCUUCUACUGUCGAUAUGGAGCUUUCAUGUAUGCCAUGGGUCUCAGCACAGAAGCUUUAGUUGCUGUUUUGGCUUGCAUACUAAUACUCCUAGCGAAGUCCAAGGAUUGCACCAGUUCCCCUACUUCCAUCUCCUGGUUUCCAACAGAGAAAACAGGUACAUGCGAUUGGAUUUGUGGUUUCUAGACUUGCCUGCACUCCCAGAGUCACCUAUUUAAAUCUGAGCCUUCGUUGCCCCAGGCAAUCUUCAGUAGUGGCACGGGAAAGCAGCCCCCCUGACUGAAGUCCCUGCCUUAGACCUGGCAGUCAGUGUGAGCUUACAGGAAGGCCAGUGUGCAUUUCAAAUUUUCUGUGAUCAUCGCAGGCUAUCAGAACCUGGUCACUUUGUGGUAUGCACUUAUGGGACUGAGGAUCAGGCAAACUAUAUCACUGCAUUAUCCAGGCCAUCAGUGGAAUUAUUCAUCAAGGUCGUCUCUCCAGAUGGAAUAAACCUUUGGUGUCUCCUGGGCCUAUGCAUAUAACAAAAGUCAAAGCAGGGAUACAGAUAAAUAUAUUAAUGAGAAAGAAAAAGAAACUAAUCUACCACGCUCUUUAAAGACACACAUAUUUUAAAUGCAUUAAAUCUUCAAAUGUAUUUUUGUGAUUAUUUAAAAUGAAAUAAUAAAAGGUUCUAUACGUAAUAUGUUUGGCACAUAUCUGAAACCAAAAGUUUGAUUUUUUUCCAUUUUCCUAUAUCAUCGUGUGCACCAUUAGAAGAGUUCACCAUGCAAAGGGUUUGGAGAGUUGAAACUAUCGGGGGUUUGUAAACAUAUAAUAACAUUGUAGAAAUUCUUGUUUCCAGUGCUUUCAAGUUUGGGGUUGGUAUCUCCCAGUCAAAUGAAAUUGUAUACAGUAAAUAUGUAGAAACAAAGAACUACUUCAGGUCCCUCAUAUCCCCAAGUGAGGUAAAAUCCUGUCAUUGUUGGUAGUUGUAUCAUGUUACGUCCUGAGUAAAAAAUUACAGUCCACAAACUACUUACUUAUUAGAUAGAACUUCAGUAAGAUUUAGUUAAAAACUGAAAUCAUUAAUCUCUGUGAAUGUCAUAGACUAUUUCAAAUAUCAUUCAGCUAAAAAUGAAAUGAGGUAGGAUCAAAAAAUAAUGCUUUAAAAUAAAAUUUUAAAAAGUUUUCAUGUAUGAGAGAAACAAGCUGCUUUGAUUCAUAGGCCUUGCUGGUAAGCACUGCUACAAGAUCACGCAAAAUUUAGUGAUAGUCUCAAUUUCCAAACCAGCAUCACGGAAAUAAUUGAACCACACCCUGCAUAGUCUAUGAAUUGAAUGGUUCAACCAACUGAAGAGGAUAUCUUGCUCAUUGCCUCAUUUUCCAUUUGAUUUUCCUGGGGCUUUUAUCUGAGAGAGACUGAGAGAUUAAGAAUUUAAAUUCUGAAUGUGAAUUUGAUAUAUUAUGUGAUAAACCAAAGCAGUUUCAAAAAGCAUAACUCGUGUUUCCAUCAGUUUCAAACUCCCAUUUACCAAAAGAACUGCUCCAUUUCAUUCACCUAUUUUAUAAGUCCCUUUGUAGCCAUUUUCCCACCACAUGCUAUGCUCAUCUAAAACCCGUAAAAUCCAUAAAAAUUACAGCUCUAUAAAUUUGUUAAGAUAGCUUGACAUUGCACUAGCAUCGAUAUUAAGAAAUGUUACCAUUUUUUUAAGUCUUUCCAAGCACAUUCAAAGUCUGUGGUUCUGUUUAUUU